UAUUGGCUAAGAAAGAUGGCUAGAAUAGUGAUUGUGUUAUUAUUUUGUGGCCUGGCUGCGGUCAGAGCAGGAUCUAGUGAUUUAGAAUUGAAUCCGAAAAUCGAUAUCGAGGAUUAUCAACGUCUGGCAAAGUUACGUCAUCUGUCUGAAGAGUUUUUCCAGUUCUAUAAUAAUCUAACAGUGACGGAUGUUACUCCCGAAGGACGUUUGCCUUCUGCCCAGGAUUUGUUGUGUUAUGCAGAAUUGGCCCAGUUAACUCAGGCCUUAACUUCCGGCAGUACUUGGUCAUACAAAAUGAUCGAUUCAUGGGGUUCGUUGCCAGCUGGCAUACUUAUGGGUCAUUUCAAGGACUUGGGCCAUUACGAUGAAUGCAUGAGCAUUGAACAGACAUCAAUUGGCACCACAAGCAGCACCAUAUUGGGCAAAUAUUGUUUGGCCAAUUUGCCUCUGACUGAUUUGCUGGGUGGUUCUGGUGGCUUGGGAAUGAUGCGAAUGUUCAAUAUCCAAACUGCUGUGUGUUUUCCCUCGGCCUGUGCGGCCACAAAUAUGGACACAAUGUUAAAACGAUUGUUUAAGCAAUUCCUUGGCGUAGAACUAAGCGAUAAUUCACAAUUGGUAAAUCAGAAUUCUUGCAAGGUAGCAGAAAAGGACUCCUUUGAUGGCCUUACCAUAUUCACAAUCGUUUUCCUUUCUGUGGUUGCUGGAAUUGUCGGCUUGUCCACCCUCUAUGAUUACUUUUUGUGCCAAGAUCAGACAAAAGUCCCCGUUCUGAUUAAAAUAUUCUCGGCACGUGCCAAUUCGAAAGCAUUAUUCCAAGUUUCAACCAAAAAGAAUCCAAAUGUUAUAUCAUCUUUGAAUGGAAUACGUUGCAUGUCAUUAAUUUGGGUCUGCUAUGGUCAUGAUUAUAUCAUGGGAAUCACCUCACCCAAUAUCAAUUAUCUUGAUGUCUAUUCGUGGAUAAAGAGUCCCUAUAUGGAGUUCAUUUAUCAAGGUGUUUUUGCUGUCGAUAGCUUCUUCUAUUUGAGUGGCCUGCUGGUUGCUAUGAUCACUCUGCGUACCAUGGAACGUUCCAAGGGCAAACUGAAUGUGCCUCUUAUGUAUCUGCAUCGUUAUCUACGUCUCACACCAAUUGUUGCCGUGGCCAUUCUUGUCUAUUACAAGUUGCUACCCUAUUUGGGUGAUGGCCCACUCUAUGGUAAUUGGAAUUUCGAUAGCUAUGAUAGCUGCAAAGAUAAUUGGUAUUGGACUCUCUUAUAUAUACAAAAUUAUGCAGCUGAUCAAGAAUGUCUGGCACAUACUUGGUAUUUGGCCAUUGAUAUGCAGUUGUAUAUAAUUUCACCGAUUCUCCUGUUUAUCGUCUAUAAAUGGGGUAAAAAAGGUGCCGCUGUGGUUUUUACCUUUACCAUGUUAAUGGUUGCCUGCCUCUUCACAAUUAUGGUCACCAAGAAUUACUCGGUAUUGAAUCCAUUGGGUGGUGGUGGUGAUAUUUCUCAUACCACACACACACGUACCUCACCGUGGCUGGUUGGUUUCCUCUUUGGCUAUUUCCUGCAUGCAACACGUGGCAAGACAUUCAAACUUAAUCGGAUCGUUGCUUGGUUAGGUUGGCUAUUCGGUCUGGCCUGCCUCUUUGUGUGCAUCUUUGCCAUGUAUCCAUAUGGAACGGGCAAGAGCAAGACAAUUCCUAUUCUAAAUGAAGCCUUCUUUGUGGCAUUUUCGCGUGUGGCAUGGCCUGUGGGCUUGAGCUGGGUGGUGUUUGCCUGCAUGCAGGGUUAUGGUGGUUUGGCCAAUGCCUUCCUUUCCUCUCCGUUAUGGCAGCCGUUGUCCAAGCUUUCAUUCUGCGUCUACAUGUUCCAUUUGAUCAUUCAAAACCUCAACGCCGGACGUACACGUGUGAAUACUCGCUUCUCUGACUACGAUGUGAUGCUUCGUUUCUGGCAAGACUUUGGUUUUUCCGUGCUACUGGCCUAUCUUAUGUAUAUCGUAAUCGAAGCACCAUGCACUGGCCUGGAGACUCUUCUAUUGCCAAAUCGAAGAGCAGCUGCCAAGGCCAAGUUACUUCCAAUUGUUCCAACUACCGAGAAUAAUGCUCCACCAUCUGCUCCAGCUCUGGAGACUAAAGCAUUACCCAGUGAUGUACCAGAGACUAAUGUCCCAGCUCCAGAAUUGCCGUCAAAGACUGAAUUGGAGCAGCAGGAGCAGAAGUCCGAUCAACCAGAAACUAUUAAUAAUGUUGUCGAAAAUAAGUAAAUUAGUUAUACAUUUUAAUUUAUAUUAUUAUAGGAUGUACUUAAUCUAAUCAUUGAAUAUAAAAUAGUUGUGCCAUGAACUUGCAAAAUAGCUUGAAAAAAUCUAAACUGAUUACAAUCAGAGAUAUAAAUAUUUAAGCGGAUGUUUUACAGAGUGAAACUUAAUCUUUAUGGACUUUGAACACGUUUCGAAACAGUUUCUUUUAAUAGCCUAAUUGACAGUUAAAUUCCUCAUGAGUCUAAUAAAUAAUUUG